CACAAACUAACAGAAAAAUAAAUAAAACAUUAAAAUCGUGUGGAAGCUUGAAAGAAGAGAGAGAAACAACGGAAGAGAUUAGAAUAUGCUGUGUAUGGUGGAUAUUACAGCAAGGCCAGACCUUCCAUGCUCAAAGAUGAGAGAGACAGCCCGAGGUUGAGAGAGAGAGAGAUGGUGUUUGGGUUUAAGAAAGGGUUUACGUCUACCAACUGGUAGUUAGAGAUUGAACUCCUUAACCAAACUCUUCUAUCACCCGCAAGAACAAGCUCACGAAAAAGAAGCAGCAGCGGCAGCAAAUAUCAAGUCAAGUACCACACCAAACUCCCCGAACCCGGGCUCAAGCAAAACCCAUAAGAAUCGGGGAAAAAAAGCCCAGAAAGAAGAACUACAAAAGGAGAUAGAGAUAGAAAGAGAAAGUUAUCAUUCUUUCGAGUUUCUCACAGAAGCUUUUAAAGAGAGAGAAGUGUUUGUGUAUGAUUCUCACGUGAGGAUUGAUGGGAAUCAUAGAAGGAGAUUAUAUGAUUAUAAAAAAGAGCGAAAGUGAGAAUUCAUAGCUCUUUGAAUUAUCGCCCUUUUAUUUUCCUGCAAAAACAGUAGUUUUUUCUUCUCUGGGUCAUCUUUUUUCUAUUUUACAAACGGGGUUUGGUAAUGAUGCGUAUGUUUGUGCAAAAUUUUCAAUGAAAAGUGAGGCUUUGUGUUGUAAUAUGUGGGGGGGUCUCGGGAUCGGAAAGUAUUUAGUUUGGAGAGGAUCGUUUUCCUGCAGAUCGGUUGGUGUUUCCAAGCUUUGCUGUUCCCCACAACACCCACAACUGCUACGGGUUUCCAGGUGGAGAGAUGAGAUUUUUGGAGCAUCACUUUCUACGCAGAUGUUCUGGGGUGACUCUAAUCUAAAUCGAAUACCCAGGUGGGGAAAUUUCGAGAUUUGAGAAAUAUGGCAACUUUUUACACUAGUUCAAGUAAUCAAAGAGAUACUGCACCAAUACUCUACGUAAGGGAACAUUUGCCUAGUUCGUUUGCAGAAGCUCCGGUUCUUUCUGGUAAUAUGAUGAUGUAUAUGAACUCUGGUCCAUACUCAAAUUCUUUAGCUGAGAAUUCUCAGCAGCAAAACAACUGCAUGGACCCAUCGUUGGGUGCUUCAAAUUCUUCCCCACAGCAGCAGGAAAUCUUGUCAAAUCUCGGUGGAUCACGGCUUGUGGAGCAUGAUUUCAAUGCAUGGAGGGAAGGUAGAAAUGAGAUGCUAGUUACGCACCCAAUGGGUAGCUCUGCCAGUAUUCUUCACAGUGGACAAAACUUGCAGGGCCAGGGAUUGUCCCUCAGCCUCAGCACACAAAUUCCAUCAGAGUUCCACAUGCCAUCUAUGCCAUAUCAAAAUCCUAAUUCAGGAUUUGCUUCAUUAUUGAGUCCUAAUUCAUCAGUUACAGGUGAUCGAGGGGAUAGGAAUGGCUCUUCUAGAGAUGAACUGCUGAGAAAUGCUGAUUACUUGCCGCCUAGUUUUACUGGAGGCAAUCAAGAUUUAAAUAAAGGGGAUUUAUCUCCGUUUGGAAUGUCAAACAUUGUGAGAACCAUUCCCAAUUCCAAAUAUCUUAAGGCAGCACAACAACUGCUAGAUGAAGUGGUUAAUGUACGAAAAGCUCUAAAGCAGCCUGAUGUUGCAAAAAACGAUGGCACCCAGGAGCAUCCGAUGGAGACUGAUGGAGGAACAAAGAAUGAAACUACAAUGCCACCCACGGGUGGAGUGCCUCCAUACCCUCAAGAGUCAGCCGGUAAUUCUCCACAUGAGCUUUCUCAUGCCGAAAAACAAGAUCUACAAAACAAAUUGACAAAGCUAUUGUCCAUGUUGGAUGAGGUUGAUAGAAGGUACAAACAAUAUUACCAUCAGAUGCAGAUUGUGGUGUCAUCAUUUGAUGUGAUUGCAGGAUGUGGGGCAGCUAAACCAUAUACAGCGCUUGCCCUCCAGACUAUUUCCCGCCACUUUCGGUGCUUGCGUGAUGCAAUCACUGGCCAGAUUCAAGUAGCUCGAAAAAGCCUUGGGGAGCAAGAUUCUUCAGGGAGCAGUAAAGGAGUUGGAAUAACUCGCCUCCGAUAUGUGGAUCAGCAGCUCAGGCAACAGAGGACUCUUCAGCAGCUCGGUAUGAUGCAGCAACAUGCAUGGAGGCCACAACGUGGGCUCCCUGAAAGCUCUGUUUCGAUUCUUCGUGCUUGGCUGUUUGAGCAUUUCCUUCAUCCAUAUCCAAAGGAUUCUGAUAAGAUCAUGCUAGCGAGACAGACAGGCUUGACUAGAAGUCAGGUCUCAAAUUGGUUUAUAAAUGCACGAGUGCGUCUCUGGAAGCCCAUGGUUGAGGAGAUGUACAAAGAAGAGAUUGGAGAUGCUGAGAUGGACUCUAAUUCUUCGUCUGACAAUGUGGUCAAGGCAACAAAAGGGAAUGAUGGGACCUUUGAGGAUAGAGGGGAAGAUUUCCAACAAAGUAUGAGUUCAACAGCCACCGAGAGAUGCAGCACUAGUCAACUCGUGGACUCCAAACCAGAUGGUGUUCCUGAUGUACAAAUGGCAGGAUCUCCCAGAUUAGUCAAUUAUCAAAACAGGACCCGUGAAGAAGCUGAAAACGAAUAUGGGUUGGUGAAGCGAAGGGAGGAACAAAGGCCUAGUAUGGAUGGCUGUAAUCUCUUCCCUGAUGCAGCCAGUGAAAGGUUCAUGGCAGCUGCUGCUGCUGCAUAUCACAUGUCAGAGUUGGAGAGGUUCGGAGGUGGAAGUGGAGUGUCUCUCACAUUGGGGUUGCAGCACUGCGAGGAUGGUAGCCUACCCAUAUCUGGUGUGGCCCAUCACAAUUUCAUUACUAUGGGCGGGGACCAAAUUUAUAAUGCUCCACCAUCAUCCGUAGGGACUGAGACGGCUGAUUUUGAGUGCAUGAAUCCUGGUAACCAGCAACGCAGGUUCAGUUCUUCCCAUCUAUUACAUGAUUUCGUAGUGUGAGAAUGUUGAUUUUGGAUCCAUACAGUGGUGGUUUUUGAACUAUUAAUGCUUGCAAGAGGAACAGUAAUUGCCUGGCUAUAGACUGUUCUUCCGAGAGCUGGUAAAUGGAAACAUUGCAGUCUGAGAGUAUGGAAAGCAUAUAACACGGUUGUAAUAUAUCAACAAAUUGGCAGAAGAUUAGCAUAUUGUAAAGAUACAUAUUAUUUGUUUGACACGUGGAAGGAAAAUUGUACAAUCUGUGCCUUUUUUCAGUUUGAAGAAGAAAGAUGUUAUAAUCCGAAAUAAAAGAUUAGCAGAUUUUGGGUGAUUGUUAA